AUGGCAUUUUAAUUGACAGGAGAUGGUAUUGUUGAUAAUCUCUACCAUUUGCUUUGGACUAAAGAUACAAUGUUUCAUAAGAAAGCUAAAAUUCCAAUACCUCACACAAUUAUUUAUAAGUUUGAAUAGCCUGCUCAUUGGUAUUUCACCUCUAAAUAGGGUGAACUAAUGAAAAGGAGAGGUUAAAAUCUGGGGGCGAAGGAGAUAGAGCAAGUAUUUUUGAAAAAGAUUUCGAAAUCUGGUAUCGUUGCUUACUACAUCUAUAAUAAAAAAGAAAAAAAUAUCAUAAGCAUCUUGAAUAAAUAAGAUUAAAGAGAGCGAGCAAAUUAAAAGGCUGGAGUAGGAGACGAUGGGAGAAGUAAAAAAAACAAAAAGGAGCUGGUGGAUGAAAUUCAUGAGUUUAUAGAGAAUCAAUAGGAUGAAAAGGAUAGAGUAUUUUAAGAUAUGAAAGAGAAAAAAGGCGACAACUCCCCAUAGACUGUCUUUGAACUCCUUGAUCAAGAAGGGUUUUUAUUGCAGAAAUUUGUCGAUCCUCAGGGUGAUUAUAACAGUAAAAACUUUUUAAAACUUUACCCCAAUUUAUUAGAUCAAAUUAGAGUAAUUUGGAGUCCAAAAAUUGUCUUAUUCGAAAAGAAAGUAAACAAAUGCUACUUAUGGAAUACAAAGCUUGAUAUUUAUCAGAGGGGUAUUACAUUUGAAGAAAAAUUGCAAGGUACUUAGAUUACUGAGUAGUCUCAGAAAUUGACAGAGAAAAUAGCAAAGCAUCUUUCAAAUGUUACAUUCGACAAGUGUAGAAUUUCUAGGCUUGUACUUCAUUUCAAAACUGAUAAAAAAGAUAAUAUAAAAUUCCUUUGGUGUUCAUCAUUGAGAGUGGAGAAUGAUAAGGAGUUCCCUCCUCCUAAUGAAAAAAUGAAUAAUCAACCUUUAAGGCUUGAUUCUUGUUUACAGAUCACAGACUAAGUUUACUAGGUCAAUUCAAUUGAUUAAAAACGUCCAUUCUAGUUGCUAAAAAAUUCACUCUGCUAUUGCUGCUUUAAACCUGUAGAAUCAGAUAAACUAUAUCCAAUAAGCUACUCAGUAAUUAUCUAAGAUCAUGAAAAGAGAAAUAGUAGAAAGGAUAUCAUCACAGUAUACAAUGAAGAUUGCGAAGUGAACUUUAAAGGAAUGGAGCACUAAAAGUACCUUACCGUUCAGGGGCCGCAUGUCAUUCCUGCAGAGAAAUCAGGAUAGAUAAAAUUUGAUGGGCCAAUUCCUGAAAAAGAGAUGAAUCUACUUGAAAGAGCCUAAACCUAGCAGCAAGGCAUGAUUCCAUUUAUCAUAAGAGUCCUUCAUCCUGGGAAAUUCAACAGAGAAGUGCCAAUUAAAGAUCUAUACGGCACUUAAAAUCUAAAUCCUUCAAAGAUCAUUAAGAAUCAAGACUCAUCUAUAAAGAAGUAAUAGCGAUAGUUUGAAAUGACCUAGUCUUUCCAUAAGAGAACUCUAAGUUAAUCAAAUACCCAGAAGAAUUUCAUGCCGCCUUUGAAGUUAAGUGAAAUCAGAGAGGCAUCUAAGCUCGAUAAUGAUGUGGAUAAAGAGCAGAGGUCAAAAAUCACAUUGCUGACAGAGAGAAAAAUAUCAACACCUGGCUAUUUAUCCUUAAGAAACACUGAAUUAUUAAAGUAAAAUAAAAUCUUCCUAGAUUAGAAAAGAGAUGAGGAUUAGUAAAAUUAAAACAGUUAAUUUAAAAGCCUGUUUACAGGAAGUUAGAGUAACUUAGGAUCUAGGCUACCUACGAGAUAACAUGCAUCCAGAUAAAAAAGCAGGAAUAAUGAUAUCAAAACACUCCAUGAAGAAGGUGGAGAUAGUUCCUCCAAUCCAGAUAAGAAGCAUAGUAAAGAUGAUAAAGUAUUAGCAGAGAGUACUCAGAGCUUUUCUGAUUAAUUCAAAACACAAAGAUCGAAUUCAACAAUAGAAAAUGGGAAUUUCUUUGCUAAGAGGAAUCAAUAAAUAAGCACAGCGUAUGGGAGUAGAGCAUAGGGAAGCCUAAGCAAGAGAGAUAUGUCUAAUUUUCAGAACAUGAGAGUGCAUUUCAAUCUUAAUACUGAUAUUAAUCCAGAUAUGAUAACCAACUGCAAAACAGAUAGUGGAGGUCUGUUGACAAGAGUUUCAACUGCUGGGAAUCUUCUUGGGAUGAGUGGUGGUUUAAUGACUGCAAGAAACAGAGAAAAACUUAGAAUUAUGAAGCAAAGCUAUAACGUCAAACUAUGA